GGAGGCGCCGGGUGGGUGUCGGGGGGCCAGGGAGCUUGGGUACCUCCACAGAAAGGACCCUAAGAGCCCGCCGCCAUGUUUCCGGAGCCUCCAACCCCGGGGCCUCCUGCUCCCGACACGCCUCCUGACUCCAGUCAUAUCAACCACAGUCCUGUGCCGCCCUGGGCCCUGGCAGCCAUCGUGCUGGCCUCCAGCUUCGUCGUCUUCAGCUGCUGCUUCUGUCUCUACCGGAAGCGCUGUGGAAGGCGUCUGGGCAAGAAGAGCCAGGCCCAAGCCCAGGUCCACCUGCAGGAGGUGAAGGAGCUGGGCCGGAGUUACAUCGACAAGGUGCAGCCAGAAGUGGAGGAGCUGGAGCCGGCGCCCCCCGGGCUAGGACCGCCCCCCGCAGAGAAGCGUGAGCUCGGACGUCUGCAGUACUCACUGGAUUACGACUUCCAGAGUGGCCAGCUGAUGGUGGGCAUCCUAAAAGCCGAGGGGUUGGCGGCCUUUGACCUGGGCGGCUCCUCCGACCCCUAUGUGCGAGUCUGCCUGCUGCCGGACAAGCGGAGGCGGCACGAGACCAAGGUGCACCGGCGGACGCUGAACCCACACUUUGGGGAGACCUUCGCAUUCAAGGUCCCUUACGUGGAGUUGGGGGGCAGAGUGCUCGUCAUGGCUGUGUACGACUUCGACCGCUUCUCCCGCAACGACGCCAUCGGGGAGGUGCGGGUCCCCAUGAGCUCCGUGGACCUGGGUCGCCCGGUGCAGGCCUGGCGCGAGCUGCAGGAGGCCCCGCGGGAGGAGCAGGAGAAGCUGGGGGACAUCUGCUUCUCCCUCCGCUAUGUCCCCACGACCGGGAAGCUCACCGUCAUCGUCCUGGAGGCGAAAAACCUCAAGAAGAUGGACGUGGGAGGGCUGUCGGAUCCAUACGUCAAGGUCCACCUGCUGCAGGGUGGUAAGAAGAUGAGGAAAAAGAAAACGACCAUCAAGAAGAACACUCUGAACCCCUACUACAACGAGGCCUUCAGCUUCGAGGUGCCCUGUGACCAGGUCCAGAAGGUACAGGUGGAGCUGACCGUAUUGGACUACGAUAAGCUGGGCAAGAAUGAGGCCAUUGGGCGAGUGGCCGUGGGCACGGCGGCCGGCGGGGCUGGCCUGAGGCACUGGGCAGACAUGCUGGCCAGCCCCCGGAGGCCCAUCGCCCAGUGGCACUCGCUGCGGCCCCCUGACCGAGUGCGGCCGCUGCCUGCGCCCUGAUUCCUAAGCCAGCCCCUGGCCAAGCCCCACCCUCCUUGAGCCCCGCCCACUCCUCCCUUCUCACCCCGCUAUGCCAAUCACGAUCACUUGCCAACCCCCACCACACUCUUCCACAAGUCCCAGGGACCCUUGUGGGAGGGGAGCAGUCACCCUCCAGCGGGUCCUGCCCUCUGCUUUGACAAUCAGCCAUCCCAGCCUGUCCCCCUUGAUGCCCAGCGCCCUUCUUCCUACACGGGACUCCCAGUCCUGUCGCCAGUCUCAUUCCUGUACUGCUCCUGGGACCAAAUAAAACUGCAACC